AUGGGGGAAAAUUCGCGGCCAGGCAAGCAGAACGGCCAGAAGAGAACCCAGACCAAGCUGUGUCGCUUUAUCGAGCAUGCAAAGACGUGUCCAUAUGGCGAGAACUGCACGUAUUCGCAUGAUAUCGCGAAUUUUAGCAAUGAGCGAGUCAAGUCAUCCAAUUCUCCAAAGGAACAGCAAGAAAGAGUAGACUACAACGCUUGGAAGCGGAUUAUCAAGAGUCCUCCAAAGCAAAAUGACCUUGCUACGAUAAAACGCCUAUGGACUGGAGCACUUGAUAUCUUGGAAGGGUUCGAUCGAAACUGGAAACAGAUGCUCCCUCGGGAUCUUGAUGCGGACGAAAAUUUUGGCCGUGAGCAUAUUCAGAUUCUCUUGAGUAUGAAGUCUCAUGGUAAUGGAUGUCGAACUUUUGUUGAGCUUUCACAACCCUUUCUUGCAGUGAUUACCCAUCCUUCCAUGCUGGACUGUCUUUCGAUCGACACUGCUGUUGGAGGGCUGUAUAAUUUCAUCAGUGGCACUAACGGCCAAAGAGCAGUCGGAUUUUUUACACGUAUUUGCACAAAUCUCACAAGGGCUUAUGCUCAAUUAGUGAUUCCGAAAGCUGUGGCUGAGACUACACUCACGUCUGUGGGAAUUGCAUUGCACGAGCUCUUGAGGAGAGAACAACGAGCAGUGUACAAUGAUGAGCUGCCGGACUUGGUCACUUCUUUAGAGUAUGCUGCUAACGCAGUUGAAAUUGACACACAAUUCAUUAGAUUCAACUCCAGCAUCGCUGAGGUUAGAGCUAGGAUUGGGCGUGCAACUGGCCUAUUAAAAGACAAAGAGAUUGACAAUACUGCCACAGUCGAUGGGAUCUCAACUGCAACAUUCAAGUCGUCUUAUCCACGGCCGAUAACGGUGCCAGGAACUCGACAUGAUAAUGACCACGCUGACAUUACAAAGAUCAGGAUAAUGCCAACCAAUGAAGAGAUCUGUUGUGAACUGCCUGAUUAUCUACCAACGACCGAUCGUGAUCAACCUUCUUUCAUCACGAAUGCCACUGAGCGUCACAUAGAUACUUUGUUUCGCCUACUUCGACAUGACAUUUUCGGAGAAUUAAAACAUGCUCUUGGGAUAUUGAUACACGCCAUGAAAGAAGAUGAAAGCAUACAGCGAACCUGGAAAAUUCCUGUUGGAGAUAUUCGAGCAUAUGCGUAUCCCAAUGCUUGCAUUCAAUAUGUUUCAUUUGAACGAAGAGCAGGCAUCGAAGCUCAAGUAUCGUUCAGUCAACUGCCCGCUCUUCGAAAGAAGACCCCUGCUGAGAGGAGCAAGUGGUGGGCAGACUCAAAGCGCCUAGAAGAAGGUAUUCUUCUAUGCUUUGUUGCUGUUUCAUGUGGAAUACCCUCCAUUUUGUUUCUUACCGUUGGCAAAAAAAUCACUGAUCUCAAGGAGUCUCGCAACUUGGGCUCAAACGAAUAUAAUGCUACGGUUACUACCAAGCUGGUAACUCGUAACCAGGCGGAGUUUGCCUUGUUAACAGAGUUAAGUAGCAAGAGCACAAAUGGAGUUUUAUUUGAGUUUCCGGGAGUAAUUCCCGCAACGUUUAUGCCUAUUCUGACAAAUCUCCAGGCCAUGCAAUUGUCUGGCUAUAUACCCUUCUCUCAGUGGAUAUUACCUGAUCGGGCUACUAUUUCUGGAGAGCCAGCCCAAAUACUCCCACCACUUUAUGCUAGGAAUCGAAGUUACUUUUUUCUUUUGGAUCCUAUACUCACAAGACAGGGUGAUAGCCUGUCAUUCAGUCCCACUACCUCUUGCAACAUAGCCAUUCUUCGAAACCUUGAAGAGAGGACUACUCUUGACCAUGGACAAUGCCAAGCGCUCAUAGCAGCCUUGACCAGAGAAUGUUAUACUAAUCAUGCCUUGGAUCAAUUCCUUGAGGAAUUAAUAAAGGCGGGUGUUAAGAAGCUUAUUCGGAUCGGAGGCCAAAGCAAGUCGAAGAUCUUAGAGGGCCAUAAUUUACGAGUUGUGUCAAAUGGCGAGAGAAAGACAAGGAACGAGUCAUUUUGCGCUGCUAGAACAUACGAAGCCCUUCGGACAAAGGAGCCCCUGAUUGCUACCUCACUCGGCGCUUUGCAUGCUCUGAGAAAGGAACAGAACUGGGGAAGUCUGAAGGCCAAUAUUCUGCAUAGACUUAAGGGCCAUAUUAAGCAGAGAUACCCCCUGGCAUUCAAUGAAUUUUCCCAGGUUGGCGGGGACGGUUACAAGGUUGCGGGAAAAGAUCCAUUUGAUGUCUGGUGUGAAAAGGCGAUACCAAGAGAGCUUAGAGCACGGUUCUCAGCAAACGAAGAAGCCAAUAUUGUACAAAUUCUCGAGCGCGUCGGUACAGACGAUAUAUCCAAUCUGCCAAUUCCCGAGAGAGAACUUUUGAUUAAUUUUUGGGCUAGAGAAUAUUGUGAAAUCCACCGUGAUCAGUUAUUUGAACUUGUGGAUGAGUGCUCUAAACUUCACGAACAGCUCGAUAGGAUACACGAUGAGAGAGAUAGAAGGGUGCUUGAGGAUGCAGAAGUCAUAGGUGUUACCACGACAGGGCUUGCGAAAAGAAUUUCUGUCCUUCGACGCCUACGAAGCAAAGUCGUCAUCUGUGAGGAAGCUGGAGAGGUUAUGGAGCCCCAUAUGAUAUCAGCCUUACUGCCGAAUGUCGAGCAUUUCAUUCAAAUAGGAGACCACCAGCAGUUACGUCCGCAGAUCAACAACUACGAACUAUCGCUUGAAAGCAAGCAGGGCGGAGCUUACCAGCUUGAUCGAAGUCAGUUUGAACGGCUCUCCAUUGGAGAACCAGGCAGAGCUCCCUUUCCGGUAGCACAGCUAGAUACCCAGAGACGAAUGCGCCCUGAAAUCUCUCGUUUGAUUCGGAUGACCCUUUAUCCUCGCCUUGUUGAUCAUCCAUCUACAAAAACGUUUCCUGAUGUGGUUGGGAUGCGAAAUAAUGUAUUCUGGCUUGAUUAUGAGAAUAUAGAAGAUUCGUCGAGUUCCGAUCGACACCAAAUGUCACACAGUAAUAGCUGGGAAGUGGAUAUGACUUAA